AUGGCUUUUGUCCAAAAUUAUGGCUUCCCAUUCUAUUCCCCACCACCAUCACCCCCUUCCCAUUCUCCCUUCCUUCCGCCACCCUACCACCCUAGCAUGCAACCACCGCCAUCACCAAGUCAUCCAUCCUACUUUGCACCCACCACCACCAAGUCAUUCCCUUCUUCCGCCGCCAACCCCACCAAGUCGUGUUCCACCGCCACAAAUCCAUUCCCUUCUUCCGCCGCCAACCCCACCAAGUCGUGUUCCACCACCAACCCCACCAAGUCUUCCACCUCCACCAAGCCAUCCCCUUCUUCCACCGCAAACCCCACCAAGUCGAGUUCCACCAUCACCACCACAUCAUCUCCUUCACCACCGCCUGCAUUUGCACCACCUUCGCCAGGACAUCAUACUAUCAUCAUAGUGAUUCAAGAAGUUGUAGUACCAGGUCCACAUGGUACACAGACCGUCAUACUAAAUAUUGAUGAAGACAUACAUGUGGAAGAAGAGAUCAACAAGAAUGAGCUGAUACUUAACAAAGGGUCUCAUCAUGAUCAUGGUAUUACUUCCGAAUCCCCUCAAUCAAAGGCACUUGAAAUAGCCAAUGCAGAAGCUUCUGAUACAAUCAUGCAUUAUCAUGAUCACCAAAAGAGUUGA